GGGGCGUUCAUAGUCGGGAUGACGUCACGCCAACCAUCUGCGGAAGCGGAGCGAGCGUGGGGGGGGGCGUGCGUUAAGAAAAACGGCAUGGCAACAAGUUCCUUCGUCCGCCAUUUUGGAAAGGAAUGAAACUGAUAAAAGUGUAUCCAUAUUGUGUGCGUGUGUGCGCGCGCAAAUGGUUUUAGUCGGGAAAAAAAAGCACAAUAUGAGAGCAAUUAUUUUAUUUAUUUUUAUUAUUAUUAUUAUUAUUAUUAAAUAAAUAAAUAAAUAAAAUCCUUACAUACUUUUUCAAUACGAUUACUGAAAAAUAGUAUUUGACGCUCUUUGAAAUACAAUUCGUGUCAUUCCGCUGCUCGCGGAACGUUGACCUUUUCAAGAUGGCGGCAUCUCAAGCAGAACCAAUGAUGCAGUGAGGUUUGUUUCCCGCCGUGAAUAUUUACGCGACGGACGCUCAGCCCUAUAUAACAGAUGCAUGAGAAACGUUAAAAUGUAAUGUAAUGUAGUGGGGAUUUAAAUUUUCGUUUAUUUGAUUAUGAUAGGAAAAAAAAGGUAGUGAACAAUGAUCUUUAGUUUAGAUAUGAUGUGUGUGGGGGGUUUGUUUUUGUAUUUCAGGGGACAUUUUUGACAGGUUUCGGAGGGAUAAUUUAUUACUGCUGUUAUUAACAUGCAGGUUCAUUAACUAAUAAUGACAAGAGGAAGCUUUUCUUUUUUUUCUUCUUUGUUUUUAUGAAUGCGCAUUUUUCGUGACUUGGUGAUGGGAGUUGAGUAAUUUGCCGGUUUCAUUCGUGAAUCGUGACCCAUCUCUGUUACUCCGAGAUGCCGAACAACAGCAGUGCGGCAGUGAAGGCGAAGAGGAGCAGGCGCCGCAACAGAGCUCCGAGAGAAGAUCCGGCUAGAAACGAGCUCGUCUCCAGCUCUCUCCAAAGCGCACAGCAAUGCCUCCUCCAGCAAGAUUACGGCACCGCGUUCGUCCACUUCCUCCUGGCCCUGAACCUCGCCCCGGCUCUCAAAGACCUGGCAAGGGACUCCUUCAGGUUCACGCUUUUGAAGUGGGCUGACGAGCUGGACACAGUCGGUCGCAUCCAGGAGCUCUUUGACUGCUAUGAGCAAGCGCUGGAGCUGUUCCCUAAAGACGAGGUGAUCGUCAACAGCAUGGGCGAGCAUCUUUUCAGGAUGGGUUUCAGGGACGAGGCCGCGGCGCAUUUCUACAAAGCCCUGAAACUGAAGCCGGAUUUCCCCGAAGCCAAGGAGAACUUCUACAGGGUGGCGAACUGGCUGGUGGAGCGCUGGCAUUUCCUAAUGCUUAAUGAUCACGGGCGAAAUCGAAAGUACCAGCUCGCUAUUCAGAGGGCGGUGCGGGACGGCUGUCGAACCGUUCUGGAUAUCGGAACAGGCACGGGCAUCCUCGGGAUGUGCGCGAAGAAAGCAGGUGCGAGUGAGGUGUACGCCUGCGAGCUGUCCAAGACCAUGUACGAGCUGGCGUGCGAGGUGGCCUCGGCCAACGGCAUGGCAGAUAACAUCAAGAUCCUACACAAGAAAUCACUGGAGAUGGAAAUCCCGAGAGACCUUCCCAACAGGGUGUCCUUGGUUGUCACGGAAACGGUGGACGCUGGACUGCUCGGGGAGGGAAUCGUCGAGAGUUUGAUUCACGCCUGGAAGCAUCUGCUCUUACCACCACCUAGAAGUUGCCAGAAUGCUGAAGAUGUUCCGCUGUCCAGUCCUUCCCAAACGGGUCGGGUCAUACCCGCCAGCGCCACCGUGUUCGCGAUGGCCGUGGAGUGCCAGGAGAUCCGAAGACACCACAGGCUGUGUGUGAGUGCAGUAGGGGGACUGGAUCUGGCUGCAGCAGGACACAUCCGCAGUCCUGUGAGGUGUUCGGGAGACGCAGAUGAGUCAUCGGAGCCGUACACCACUGAGAGACUGAGCCGUCUGCCUGGAGGCUUCGCUGCCCUCACAGAGCCCUGCAGGGUGAUGAAUAUCGACUUCAACGACCCACAGGAGCUGGAAGGCCUGUGUCUGAGGGAGGUGGCUCGGCUGCGUGUGCCGGUGAUACAGGACGGAGACGUUGACGCUCUGGCCGUGUGGUUUCAGCUUCACCUGGACCAGGAGAACAGCAUCUCUACCGGCCCGGACGAAGACACGUGCUGGGAGCAGGCCAUCUACCCAGUCCCGUCUCAAUACAGUGUGAAGCGCAGUGAUGAACUGCUGCUGGAAGUUUCCUGCAGAGACGCUUACCUGAGAGUAUCCUGUGCUGGGGUAACGAGCAGCAUGGACGAAGCUGCCUAUGCUGAAGUUCCUUCAAAUCCUGAACUGGAGCUCUGCAGCGCUCUGGCCGGCCUCCAGACACGCCAGGACCUUCCGGCUCAAUCGUUUACGCUGGAGUGUUCUGAAAUCGCACUUCUCAACAACACCAAUUAUCACGAGUGCUUCCGGAAAGCAAUGGCCAAACUUCUGUCCUUCUUCGGGUCACGUGGGUCAGAGGUCAAAGAGGAAACUUUUUCCUCCUCCUCCUCCUCAGGGCCGCUGUACGUGCUGGACGUCUCGGAGGGUUUCUCUGUGCUUUCUCUGAUGGCAGCGCAAUUAGGGCCGGUGCGAGCAUACAGCUCGGUGGAGAAGCAGCAGCACCAAGCGCUCCUGCAGCUCCUGGCUCGGGAAAAUGGCGUUCACGAGGACGCGCUGGAGUUCUGGCUCAGCCAUGUGGAGGACGACUCGGCCGUGCUACAGAGGCCCGACUCGGAAAAGCUAUGGAGUGCCAUCGUGCUGGACUGCGUGGAGAUCUGUGGCCUGCUCAGACAAAACCUCAUGGAGAAGGCCAGCUUAGCCAGGUGUCUCCUGGAGGAAGGCGGUCGCAUUUUCCCCGAGCGCAUCGCGAUCCACGGCAUGCUGGUGGAAUCGGACACGCUGCUGCAGGAGAGCGCCGUGCAGGGAACAGAACCCACGCUUGGUUUCAACAUCGCUCCCUUCAUCAACCAGUUCACAGUGCCUGUUCACGUGUUUUUGGACCUGUCCACGCUGGAAUGCACGCACCUCAGCGAUCCAGCCGAGAUGUUCAUCCUGGACCUCAUGGACUGCAACAACAACUACACCAGCAGAGACGUCCGGGUUCGAGUGAACGCCUCCGGCAGAGUGACAGCCAUCCCCUUCUGGUACCACAUCUACCUGGACCCCGAUGUGUGUGUGAGCACGUUCAGGCCGGAUUCACACUGGAAGCAGGUGGCCGUGAUCCUGCAGCACCCCCUGGUGGUGAACGCCGGCGACUGGGUCAGGCUGAGCGUCCAGUUCCACAAGAGCAGCAUCUCCGUUUCGGCCAUCAGAGAGGAGGAAGACGAGGCAGUCCGUUAAGCAAAAGAUUGUGGAGUCGAUCGAGUAAUGCUUCACGCAGGAAAGUGGUGGCUUUAUAGGAACUCGGUAAAGGAAGUGACAUCUUAUAAAAUAGCGGCGUGUCAAUUUGUACAUCCCUCCGUCCCUCACGUGAAGCGAACUGCCAUGUGAAUACUGAAGCAUGUCCCUUUGCCCCUAUUCAAACACACCGUCUUUAAUGAAACUGCCUCAUGGGAUUGAUUUGAGUAGAAAAGGGGCGGAGCUAAAGAAAAAAAAAAGAAGCAUGCGACAUUGAUUGCAUGGCAAGAACUUUACAAUUAUAUAACUAUUACAGAUUUUAAAACUUUUUUUUAUUACAGACUGUACAUUUAAGGCGAGGACAGGUCUUUUGAAGUACACAGCUUUUUUUGUGUGUAAUUUCGGAUGGUAUUUAUCAUUGUGCUCUGAUUUGAAUCUUCUCUUUAUGUUAAAAGUGGUUUUAUUUCUAACCUACGGUGGCCUGUAAGUGCAAAACACAUGAAACAAACAAAAAUCAGAUACCAACCUUAACUCCAAAUGCAAAGGGGAGGGCCUUAUUAAACAUCAAAUCCUCGCUUGUUGCUGAUUGGUUACAGCACAUGUCUGUGUGAAAGCUGUUUCUAGUAAAAGGAAAUAAACGAGCCUAAAUCUACUGAUGCUUUUAUUCAUGUUUCUUUUUAUCGAGGGCAUUCAUAUGACAUUCUCAUAGACACGCUGUUAACUCCAGUCAGGAACGAGCAUGCGAUAUACUCUUAAGGACCGCCCCUUUCCGUUUUGUAUUCGUGUUGAUGCCCUGUUAUGCAACAUUCCCCUGUUAUGUUUAAUGGUGUAUAUAAAUUGUAAUAGUCAUGGUAUAACGUUCUACGCUGUGACAGACAUCCAUGCUACCCAGGUAACAGUAGCCAAUAACAGAGACGUACAGCUGUAAGACGAUUACACGGUGAAUAAUCAGGCGUUGGACUCGGUUACUGUUCCGCAGCAAACGUCGGCAAAACAGUCUACGUGAAGACAGGAACAUCUGUCAGGCAGGGUCCCCGGACAGCACGGUGGGAGUGAUGUCGUCCAGGUCGUCUACGUCUCCCUCCCAGGGUGUGGAGCAGAGUUCGGCGGGGGCCGAGCGAGAGUGAGGGGGUCGGGUGUGUCCCAGACCCUGGUAGUGGCCUGAUGGAGAUGGAGGAGUGGAGGAAGCCUCGGCGACGGCGGCGUCCUGAGAGCCGGAGGACAGAAGGCCUCUGUGUUCGUCGUGCUCCGCAUCACGGGAAAAGUAACUCUUCCUGGGGCGGCCCAUAACCGUUCGGCCUGCGGGAGAACAACCAGAUGCACGAUGAGAUUAAACACAGAAGGAAAUAGAAGUUUCCAUGAAAUAAACUUAUUUCUUGUUUCA